GGGGACACCGGACAACUCAAUAAUUAAGGCGAUUUUAGGGGUUUUUGACACAAACUUUAGGGAUAAAUAUUUUUGAAAGUUGGUAACACUGACUCUUUGGUAUGGCCGUGAACCCCGUGAACCGCCCGUGUGUGAGUCAGCACGUUGUUUAUAUCGCUGAUUUUGCUUAUUUGGGAAAUAUGGAAGAAAUAUAUGAAAAAGUGCCUUGUAGAAAGACCCAGCUUCAAGAUUUGUUGAAUCUUUUGGGUAAAGACGAUGAAUCGCUACCACUUUCAGUAUUUAUCAGCGGAAACACGUCUACUGGAAAAAGUCUAUGUGUUAACACAGUGCUGCAAUAUUUACGUUUCAAACACGUUAUUAUAUUGUGCCUAGAGUGUUAUACACCGACGAUUAUGUACGAGUAUAUUUUAACAGGACUUUACGAGAGUCAGGUAGAUAUCAAAUGCGAUUCUCUUAGGGAAUUGAUGAAUAACCUAAAUGCAUACAGCGCUGAACAAACUCGCUACGAGCCGAUCGUGUUGGUGUUCGAUCGAGCAGAAAAGCUUCUGAAUAUGGAUCAAAGCAUCAUGUCCACGUUUUUAAGAUUGCGCGAGUUCUGCAGCCUAAAUAUUUGCACAUUUUUCAUUACUCAUCUCACUUACGAGAACUUUUACUUCAAAAUGGGAGUCCGAGCCGUCCGGGAGCCUGUAAAGAUGUACUUCCCAAACUACACUAAAGAGGAACUGUUCGAAAUCAUAUUUCUGCAUCAGAAAGCGUUCGUGCGUCACUUGACAAGCAAACACAUUGUUGAUUGCGGUAUAAAAGAAGAUCUUGAACGGCCAGAGUUGUUCGGAAACUUUCUUAAUGCAUUCUUGAGCGAGUUCUACCGACCGUGCCGGGAUUUAAUGGAGUACCAGUACCAAGCGCAAGUAAUCUUCGCCAAAUACUGUGAACCAAUCAUACGAAAUGAGAUUAAAUCAACUGAUUUACCAAAGUUGUGGCACCACAUUACACCCAUACUCCAAGAAACCUUAGAAGUACUCAACUUAAAAAUGGACAUACCAAAUCUUGCAAUAUCAUCCCCCCGUAAAGAAGAACUAUUUGAAUUCCCAAUCUAUACUAAAUUUGUUUUAAUCGCUGCUUAUUUAGCAAGUUACAACCCACCGAAGGAAGAUAAGAGAUUGUUUAUGAAAAAUCAUGGAAAACAAGGAAAAAGUAUGCAGCCAGUUAAGAAGAAGGCUAAAAUUGAAAUUGAGGCUGAAAAACUAAACACACAACUCGGACCUAGAGUCUUUACAUUGAAUAGAUUGAUGGCAAUCUUUUACUCUAUAGUAGAGCUGAAAACUGAUGUACCGUGUAGUAUUCUAAGUCAAAUAGCCACUUUGGUGGACUUAAAGUUAAUUGCAGGCAGGAAGAAAAUAGAUCUGGACAAUCCUAAGUUUAAAUGCACUCUUGGUUACAAUUUUAUUUCUGCAGUUGCUCAAACAGUCGGUUUUAAUAUUAAUGAAUAUUUGUACGACUUCAUUUAAGUAAAGAGUUGUUUUUUAAGUUUGAGCUAUUUAAAUACAUAAUUUAUUAUUUGUUA